UCCACCAAAAACUACUUCAACAUUAUUUCUUUCCGUUCUCAUAUCCUUUUUCUAAGAACUCCAUUGUUAUCCUUUUCCACAAAGCCCUUACUCAUAUCAUCCACAAAGCCUUAUAUACCUAUAGCUCAACAUUUCUUCUAAAGAGUACAACCUCCAUGGCUAAUCUUCAUGAGGUUGAUCAACUGCCUGAAGGAUAUCUCUCAGAUGACGCGAAUUCAUCUCAGAUGAUAGUCUUAACGACCACUCCCUCGACAAGUACCGAGGAUUCAACCUUUUUGGGUGCUAAAAAUAAUGAUAUGCAUUCAUUAGGACAAGGUGAACUGCUUCAAAGAAAGAUGAACGAAAACUUGGGUGACAACUAUUAUAAGUUUGAAGGGCAUAAGGUGGGAAAAUCAGUUCAUCGAAGGUUGCUUAAGAAAACAAAUCAAGGGGCACCCCAGGUGAACCCGCAUCAAAUGAAAGUUCGAAGCAUUCAAAGGAGUUUAAGCAUUGGAUCGCCACGAACACCUCCAAUUAAAAAGGGAGAUGAACUGAAAUUGAAGCUUGAGCGUUUCAAGAUGCGGACUAUAAACAUAAAUGGAAGUGUUGAUCAAAAUGACCAAGCAGGCAACCAUGGUGGUCAAGGUGCUAAUACUAAGUCCAGUAGCUCUACAUAAAGCAUUGGAUAAACAGCAAGAUCAAGGAGAUCGAUGACUACUGCCUUUCAUUUAAAUAGAAAAUAAAAGGUCCUGUUAACAUGCUGCUCUUAGGUACUUGUUAAUAGACCAAUUUAUGAAUGUUUUUUAUAAUGCUUUCAUGAAAAAUAUAAAACCUGUCAAAAAAAAAUUAAAUAUUUCAAUUUUAUUUUUCGAUAAAAAAGUUUUUAUAAAUAUCUGCUAAAUUAAUAUC